AUGAUACCUACAGCGCACAACGGUCACUCGCCCACCGGUGACGGCGUGACCAAGCGCAAGUCGACCUCCGCAGCUUGCGUCCACUGCCAUCGUCGCAAAGUCCGAUGCGACGCCCGCGUAGUCGGGCUACCUUGCACCAACUGCCGUUCCGCUGGAAAGACCGAUUGCCGCAUCCAUGAAAAAAAGAAACGUUUAGCCGUUCGUUCAAUUCUCGAUCCCGUUCCGAUUCGCUGUCGUCCGCCGUCUGUGUCUGAACCGGAACCUGUCGCUGCGAAAUCUCUCUCUCCGAACUCCGCCGGUCAACAGCAGACCACCCUUAUAACAACACCCACGUCAGGUAACAUGUUGAAUAACAAUCAUGGAAGUCCCCCGAUAUCUGCGCCCCAGGCGUAUCAGCAGCAACCGACACCGGGUUCCGCGGGUGAUCCAGAUGCACAUACAGACUUGGAGAAACGGCUGGUGAAUCUCAUUGAUGAUGGUGAUAGUGGGAGGAGGGAAAUUCAGAGAGGUGUGCGGGCAAUCUAUGUUGGCCAUGAAUUGUCGAACAUGUCCUUCUUGAUUCGUCAGCAACGCGAUAAAGAUGACGAUGUGUAUCAUUUUGCUGGAAAUGAGAUCCCGCGACGGCAGCUGAAGAUCGGCCAUGACCAGCUUAUCAUGGACGCUUUGACUUUACCGGAGCAGGCUCUAGCGGAUGAGUUAGUUCAGGCAUAUUUUACAUAUGUCAACCCGGGGUAUCCCAUCAUCGAUGAAGACCUGUUUAUGGCCCAGUAUCGCAAUCGAGAUCCGGCAGAUCCUCCUCCAGUUUUGCUCUUGCAAGCAAUUUUACUCGUGGGCUCCCAUGUCAGUCGACCUAAAGCUGAGCGAGAUGCUCUUAAAGAAAUCUUCUUCCGCCGCACAAAAUGGCUGUUCGAUAGUCGAAUUGAGCGUAACCGUGAUAUUAUGGUUCAAGCUGCACUCCUGAUGACAUGGCAUACGGAGAGUGCUGACGACGAUGUGGCUUCGAAUGCGCAUUACUGGGUUGGCGUCGCUGCCAGGAUUGCAACCGGCCUUGGUAUGCAUCGCAAUCCUGUCUCGAGUAGGUUCGUUCCUCGAGACAGGCACAUGUGGAGAAGACUAUGGUACAUAUUGGUGCAGUUUGAUGUUAUGGUCUCGUUGUCAUAUGGUCGACCGCAAGCCAUAAAUUUGGAGGAUUCUGAUGUGUCACCAUUGGCUCCUGCUGAUUUUGAAGGAUGUGGAUCUCACGUGCAAAUCGAAUAUGUGAUCCAUUUCUCGGAAUUGUGUAUCAUGAUAUCGCAUAUCGUACGCGAGCGAUUCGGAUUGCGCGUCAGCCCUGAGCGACGCAAAGCGGCUCUACAGGAAGCCGACGAAGCUUUAGCGAACUGGUCACUGAAACUGCCGGAUAACCUACGUCUUCGUGCAUCGGAUAUGGAUCCAUGGUCUGCCAUGCUCCACCUAACAUACAACAACUUCUUGAUUCUUCUCCAUCGACCUCAUCCAAGAGCAUCUGCAUAUUCAGACGACUAUGGGCCUCAUGACGCAGAGAUUUGCAGUGCAGCUGCAGGAGUCAUUGCUUCUAUUUUCGAAGAGCUGCGUCUUAAUAGUCGCUUGAAGCUACUAUGGUACUCAGGAGUCCACACCCUCUUCACAGCCAUGAUUCAAGUACGCGUCGAGCUCCGAUUCUCCAACCCCGUUCUCGCAAUUAAUGCACUACGUCGUUUUGACUCUGCAUCGCAUUCUCUACGUGAGCUCUCCCAGUAUUGGGCUCAUGCAGCUACUAUCCUCCGAUUAUUCGAAGACUCCAGGCGCCUCCAGGAGGACUUGCGAGCAGCCACCACCGAAAGGCCUCGCCAAUUCAGUGGAUCUCAGGAACGAAAUCGGAACACCAACCCCAACCCUCUUUCCACUCCCGCUCCUGAACAAUCUCCGUCUAACAUCCCUCCUACACCCGAUAUAUCCCAACUACGCAGUACAUUAAACCAACCACAGCAAUUCAACAACUGGAUCUCACCAUCAACGACCUUACCGCCUGUUGAUUCAAUCGAUCAUCCACGAGAAUUACUGGACUGGCGGCAGUUGUUCUCAUUCACUGAUCUUGAUCAACCUGUCCCUAUGGCUUUUGAGGGUCUUCCGGAGUUGGAGGAUGAAUGGAGGCAGAUUUAUUGGCAGGAGAUGCCUAUGGCCGAUCUACUUCAGGAUGGGGGAUGGAUGCAUGGUUGA